AUGGCUAGGAUUAAUGUGACUUUGAAUGAUGAAGGUGGAUAUAUCCUAACUAGCGUAAACUUGGAGCACACACACAUUUAUAGUCCGGGAAAUGCAAGACAUUUCAGAUGCUUUAAGAAGGUUGAUGCUCUUGUGGCUAAGAGGCUUGAAAUAAAUGACGAGGCUGGAAUACAGAUGGUGAAAAUUUUCAAGUUUCUACUUGUUGAAGCGGGUGGUUACGAGAAUGUGCCAUCUGGGGAGAAGGAGUGUCGAAACUAUAUUGACAAAGCGCGAAAACUUCGCCUUGAGGUUGGAGGUGUUGAAGCUCUGUGUAACUACUUUCGACAAAUGCAACAAAAAAAUCCAGAUUUUUAUUAUGAGAUGGAUGUGGACGAUGACUUGAGGUUAAAAAAUGUAUUUUGGGCAGAUGUCCGAAGUAGAGCUACGUAUCAAUCAUUCGGGGAUGUCAUUACAUUCGACACAGCGUACCUGACUAAUGCCUAUAAGAUGCCUUUUGCACCCUUUGUGGUGUGA